AUGAAGUUCGGCAAGUACAUUCUCAGCCAGCAAAUCUCUGGCUGGGGUGCCUACUACCUCGACUACAAGUUCCUCAAAAAGAUCAUCAACUCGCUCGAAAAGGGUCGUCUUGCCGAUGCUGCCCUUUUCGCCACCGGAGUACGUCCCGAGUACAACGCCAACGGUCAAUCCACCGUCUCGCCUCAACCGCAGAUCCUCCCGCACAUCGAAGGCUCGGACGAACUCCAGAUUCACAAAGCUGCCUUCUUCUUCAAGCUGGAACGCGAGCUCGAAAAGAUCAACAACUUUUACCUCCAAAAGGAAGCCGAACUCAAGUCGCGCUUGCAGACCCUCAUCGACAAGAAGCGCAUCAUCUUCGAAUCGCGCAAUUCUUCCAAGCUCUCCAAGGAAUCGCCCUCCUACGUCGCCCUCUACGAAGGCUUUCGCUACUUCGAGAAGGAUCUCAGCAAGCUCCAGCAAUUUAUCGAGAUCAACGCUACCGGAUUCCGCAAGAUCCUCAAAAAGUGGGACAAACGCUCCAAGUCGCAGACCAAAGAGCUCUACCUCGCUCGUCAAGUCGAAGUUCAGCCUUGCUUCAACCUCAAGUUUAUCGCCGAGCUCAGCGAUAUUGCCGCUGCCAACCUUCUCGAGCUCGAAAACCUCUCGCAUGGGCGCUCGCUCAACGAGACUCUCGGCGCCAAUGGCGCCAGCCUUUCUUCCGAAACCCGCCUCGACUUUGCCGCCGCCCAAAGUCAGGACUUUGAUGCGCUGGCCGAUCUCGAGGCCAACCUGGCCGAGGCAGUCAAAGCGGGACGUGUCGUCCCUGCCACCGAGAUGAUCCGCAUCGCAGCUCAGAAUGAAGACGCCACCAGCGUCUCGCGUAUCGUUUGGCGGGCUCUGCUAGAAGCUCCUCACGACGCGGUGCGCGCUGCGCUCCAGCACAAGCUCGCCGACUACCAGUUUGUUGACGAUAUCAGCUCCCGCACCUGCCUUCACGAAUCGUCCAUGGCCGGCAAGCUCUUUCUCGUUCAGUCGUGCAUCGAAAAUGGCGUUGAGGUCGCUCAACAGGACAUCUACGGCCGCACGGCGCUUUCGUACGCCGCUAUGGCGGGACACACUGACGUCUGCCAAUACCUCCUCUCGCUUCCCUCCAUCUCGGCAGCAACCUACGAUAUCGACGGCUUUUCUCCACUCAUUUUGGCGGUCAUGAACGGCCGCACCGACGCUGUGCGCAUCCUGCUCGACCACGGCGCCAGCGUCGAGCCACGCGAUGCCACUGACUUGAUGCCGCUGUGUCUCGCCAGCUCUGGUGGACACGCCGAGAUCGUCAAGCUCCUCUUGCAAAAGGGCGCCAAGAUCGUUUCCAACGCUGAAGGUCUGUAUCCGCAGGCGCUUGCAGCCCGCGCUGGCCACGCUGAGUGUGUUCGUUUGCUCGUGGAGUCGGGCGGCGAUCCGAAUGCGCCUGAGAAGGGAACGCUGUGGACUCCCACCUUCUUCGCUGCUGAGAGCGGUCACGUCGACUGCCUCAAGGUGCUGCUCGAUGCCGGCUGCGACGUUAACAUUGUCGACGAAAAGGAUCGCACUGCUGCCUUCUAUGCGGCGUGGAACGGCAAGAUCGCCUGCUUGCUCUUGUUACUCCAGGCCGCACAACAGAGGCCGCCGGAGCGACGGCUGUCGAAAGCGUCAGCUGCGAAAGCCAACGCUACUAGCGACGCCGUAGACGACCUAGACCUGGAGAUCGAUGGCAUCCCCGACUUGUCGCUGCCGCCGCCCAUUAUCCCCUUCCGCACGUACGGCCACAACUACCUCGACAAACGCGUGCUCGUCUCCGUGUCGCUCACCAACAACUCGGUCAAGCUGUACAAGCAUCAGGACCCCAAUCGCCCGGAGCAGUUUUCGACGUCGUCGCUCAAACUUGUCAUGACGUCGCGUCCGGACGCCUCGGCCACCGCGAUUCCGCACAACGUGGUGUUACCGCUCGCUGACGAGCGCGAGGUGUUCUCAUUCCAGGUCAAUAGCCUCGAGAGCUUUUCCAUUGAGUGGGAGCUCAUGCCCACAUUUGGCUCCAAGGUGAUCGGCAAAGCCGUUGCGUUGCCGAGCUCAUUCGAGGGGAUGACGGAUCGCAAGCGGUUCGUGCUGCCGCUUCAGGAUGUUUAUUUGAAAGUGGUGGGAGAGGUGUCGUUCGAGCUCGACUUUGUCAAACCGUUUGAUAGUGUCCAGCUCGAGAUCGGCGGCCGGGUGGAAACGUACUGGAAGAGCAUGUUACCUGGUGUUGCGGCUGCUUCGGCUGUGGGGCCCACACGAAUGACGCCCAACAGCGGCGUCAGCGGUAUCGGGGGCUCGCUGAGCAGCGUAUCAGCAGCUGCGGCGGCGAUUUCGACACCAGCAGGGGCGGACAAGGGUGCCGCCGGAGGCUCUGGCGGGAUCGGCGCGAGUGGAACACCGUCGGUCGGCGCGGCUGGGGCAGCGUCUACCACUGGCGCACAACCUACGCUGGUCACUGGAUCGUCGCUCGCGGGUGAAUACCUGCGUGUGGUGGUGCAGGUGACGAAGGAUGCACGGGCAAUAGUAUGGUCGGCCCCAUUCAUCCCUUUGCCCGGUCUGCAGGUGUAUGUCGGCAGCGUCAAGGCGGACGAGCUGCUGUCGCUGGCCACACAGACGGGUCACUCGCUCGAUUGGACCGCCGAACAAGCGGCAAAAGCCUCUUGGGCCGACUGGCAGCGUGCUCUGCAAACGUGCGUUAUGACGCUGGACAAGCUGCUGUCGCUCCUGCCUGUGUCGGUGGGGAUCGAUAUCGACGUCAUGUACCCGUCGACUGCCGAAGUGCGCGCAAAUCCGGACAUGCCCAAGAUGGAGGUGAACCAAUUCGUCGAUACGAUCCUGCACACGGUGUACGCUGCAGGCACGAGCAAUCGCGAACAGAGCCGCAAGAUCUUGUUUUCUUCCAGAUCGCCCACGGUCUGCACGGCGCUCAACUGGAAGCAGCCCAACUACGCUGUCUUUUUCGCGUCGUUCUGUGGCAUCGACGGUGUGGCUAGUCGCGAACGCGGCGAGUUGCUGCCCUCGGUCCGACACGAGACGGACCCGCGUCGCGAGAGCAUUUCGGAGGCCGUGCGGUUUGCGAAGAGCAACAAUCUGUUGGGUAUCAUGGUCGAUGUGGCUCUCCUGAACCACGUGCCGCACCUGGUGGAGAGCGUCAAGGCGUCUGGACUCUUGCUGAUCACAAUAGGCAAGUUCAAGAAGAGCCUGGCGUCAAUAGCGAAUGACGAGCAGCUGGUGGAUGAUGUGGACGGCGAGGUUGAUCAGGGGAUUGUGGUUUGUAAGAGCUAG